CGACAACCAUGAAAUGGUCUUGUUUUAUGUCCACAAUUCCAAUAAUCGCAACGACAACAACAGCGAAAGCAUCCCUCUGUAUAGCAAUCCAGCCCAUAGCGGACACAAGAGCACUAUUUCGCUGAAUCGAAGUAGGUAUUAAAUAACGAGAUGGCGACCAAGAAGGAGCUGCAGGCGCGCACGAGGGACGACUACCCAUACAUGCUGGAUUACCGAACAAGAUGGGCGGACAACGACAUGUAUGACCACAUGAACAACUCGGUGUACAACUACCUCUUCGAUUCGGUCAUCAACGCCUUCCUGAUAGAGCACUGCGGCCUGCACCCCCCUUCCUCGCCAUGGCAUCCAUUGAUGGCACACACUGCGGUGCACUACUUCUCGGCGAUAGAGUACCCGAAGGUGGCGGAGCUCGGCCUGCGGAUCAGCAAGCUUGGCAACUCGGCCGUCACGUACGAGGUCGGCCUGUUUGAGAAGGGCGGCGGCAAGGAUUCCAAGGUCAAGGCUGUUGGCGAGUUUGUGCACGUCUGGGUCGAGAGGAGAACCCAGCGGCCUAGUCCUCAGGGCAUGGAUCCCGGAUUGAGGGCUGGGCUGGAAGGCUUGCGUGACGGCAAGAUUAGUAACAAGAAGAGCCUGGCUGCGAAGCUCUGAUUUUUUUCAAUUCAUGGGGUUCUGCUCUUGGUCUGGAGUGAGGAGAGGCUCAAUUACAACCUGAAACAUUGGGGUAGCGCGCCUGUGUGACAACCCAGAAGUCUAUGUCU